CGACGGGCAGCCAUUGCACCUUUCGACUUCGCAGCAGACGACAGUUUCCCAUAGCACUCCAACGAAUUUGUAAUUUUGGAAACCGUCUUCAAGAGAAUGGCUUCUGUAAUCACCCACGCUGCCAAGCGUUUCCUGGCCACCCAGGUGCGCGUCCAGGGUCCAUCCGCUGUCUCCGGUGGCCACGAAGGUGGCUAUAAAGUAUGGCGCAACAUGACCUUCUUCGUCGCAUUCCCUGCGAUCGUCCUCUGCGCUGUGAACUGCGUCAUGGCACACAACGAGGGCGGCCACGCGCGCCCUGAAUUCGUUAAGUAUGAGUACCUCCGCGUGAGGACAAAGCGUUUCCCAUGGGGCGAGGGCAACCGCUCGUUGUUCCACAACCCGCAUAUGAAUGCCCUGCCCGAUGGCUAUGAAGAAGAGCAUUAGAUAAUAGCUGUGAACACAGGUAGUACCAAAUUAUUAUUGUCAUGAUUACUGUAUAAAAAUAAACACAUAGAAAUACAAUGCA